AUGGAUCCCGCGGAUCCUCUGUGGGAGGACAAAGAGAAUCACAUGCCCGACUACAUGGCCAAUUCUCCCAUACGACCUGCAACGCCUGUAACGCCUGCAACGCCUGUAACGCCUGUAACGCCUGUAACGCCUGCAACGCCUGCAACGCCUGCAACACCCGCAACGCCCGCAACGCCCGCAACGCCCGCAACGCCCGCAACACCUGUAACGCUCGCAACACCUGUAACGCUCGCAACACCUGUACCAACUCGUCUGUCCACCUCUUCUACAACGCCGCCCGCUUCGACUCCACUUGCGCCGCCGCAACCAGGCUUGGGAUUGACAUCCUCAAGGCAAACAACCGCGGCCACGUCGUCUGUCCUACCAAUUCGCACAGCGACGCACCACCAUGCCGCAGCAACAACAUUCACGACGCCGAUACCAUCCAACACACAGAGUCCACGCAUCGGCCCCCUCCGUCCUGCUCCCACGUUGCCUUCACGGAGCACAUGGGCGUCCCUCCCGCGUACACCGCGUACACCGCGUACCAACGCUCCCAGUCGCGUCUUCCACUACCGUUGA